AUUCAUUAAUAAGUAAUCAUAACUUUAUUAUUUACCUACCUAUCAUAGGCGAAUAAUGUUUAUGGUUUCCAGCAAAAGUGUCGUGCUGUUAAGAUAAAAUUAAAUUAUUAGAAACAAGGAAGUGCUAAGUAUAGGUUUAGUUAUGAUGAUUGCGUAACUCAAAUCAUCGCACAUAAUUAUAUUCAUUAUUUUUCCGUGAGUGAGUGAAAUAACCGUAUUAUUAUGAACAAACUACUUAAUUAUUCGUUUAAAGAUUUUCCUGCCUAACUCCAAAUGCUGUUCAGAUAAAAAUAGGACUACAUCCUGCCUGUUCCGAUUAAAGUGGACUGCGAUAUCAUCUGUCACUCGUGGCUUUUACAUUCAUUAACACAUCAUUUAUUAUAUUCAUUAGUGAAAAUAAAUUGCGUGUUUUUAACAAAAAUAUUAUUGGUAAGUUCAAGAAGAUUUUCUUCUAGUGUCUGAUUUAAGUAGUGGGCAAUUGUUACUGCCUUUCCUAUUAAUUCAUAAUCGUGUUAUAACCCUGAAUCUAAGUUAGCACCUACUUUCGAUGCUGAAUGUUGAUAAGUUUUUAUGUUUUUUAUUGCAGUGUUUGCAAGAUUAGCUAAUUUAAUGUUCGUAAGAAACAAUCGUGCUACACAUGUGUUCCUGGAUUUAUGUUGUAAGAAAUGCUCAUACAAGACGAUAAUAUCGGUAUUAAUCACCGGAAUAAUUAUAUUUAUUCUAAAAAUACGAGACUCUCCAGAAAUGUACAUAAUAAAAUGGAAUAUGACGGAGAAUAUAUCGUGCCAUUAUUCCACCGAAGAUGACGCGUUGCCAUUGGUAGAUGAAACUUUCAAUCCCCCGGAGAAAUCGAUAUUUUUCCAUGAAACAUCUUGUAGAGGAGGGCUGAGUUCAAGACAGGCUUGUGGUGUGGAAUCAGCAGCCAAGGCACAUCCAGACUGGCAAGUAAACGUGUUCUUCAGUGGACCAGUUUCCGACUUCAUUCUCAAAAGGAGUUUCCUUGCAAAACUCCUCAAAUACAAGAACGUCAAGCUAAUGCGUAUUCAUCUCCAAGAGUACGCUAAGGGAACACCUCUGGAGUCUUUAGUCGCCGCUAGUCCUUACAAAAAAAGCGCUUGGAGGAUCGAACACACUUCGGAUGUUUUACGCUAUCUUACGCUAUACAAAUAUGGAGGGGUUUAUAUGGACUCGGAUUUUGUGGUGGUAAAACCCUUUGAUGAUCUGGAGAAGAACUGGUCCGGCAGAGAAAGUAUUACUGCCGUUGUCUCCGGUGUCAUGUCGUUCUCAAGGGAUAGCCUGGGACGCCAAAUGGCUGCAGCUACGGUCGAGAAUUUUAAAAAGAAUUACAAUCCAAACUAUUGGGGGUAUAAUGGCCCGGGUGUAAUAACGAGAGUCGUAAAGGAAAUGUGUUUCAAAACCAAGAAGAAAAAAUGGAUUCACGGAUGCAACGGCUUCAAAGUGUACGAUCCAGAGGUGUUCUACCCGGUGUACUACAAACAGAACCGACUAUACUUCGAGGCCGGUCGCAACCUAACGACUUCGGAGAAGACAUACGCCCACCACAUGUGGAAUCACUUGACCAUGAAGUACAGUAUUCCGAAAACAUCGCCUUAUGCUCAAUUGGCAAAGCAGUACUGUCCGACUGUGUAUGAAAUGUACGGAGAUAGCUUUGGUGUUUAAUUUAACUAAGUGAUUUGAAAUGUUUAUAAAAUCGAGGCAAUGAUCAAUAAAUUGUAUUGAAACAACUACU